UCAAUACAUUAAUGAAACUCUCUGUUGAGUUGCCGUCUCUUCAACACAGUUGAAUGCCUUGAUAUGUCAGAAAUGAGGUUUGACAUGGAUGACUUUGAUGUUUACUCCUGGAAUUACUCCUAUGGCAAUGACGAGACCACUACGUUUCCUGCAGACACUUACUGUCCAGAAGUUGAGGAAACGCCACACUAUUUCCGAAAGAUUAUCGUGCCAAUAGUUUAUUUCCUGGUCUCCCUGUUGGGGACCAUUGGAAACAGUCUGGUGUUGGCGAUUUUGUUACGUUACAAGGGUUCAAGGUCUCCGACCGACAGCUACUUGCUUCAUCUGGCGGUGGCUGACCUCCUCCUGGUCUUGGUUCUCCCGUUCUUUGCCCUCGAGAGUAUUUCCAAGUGGUUCUUUGGUGUUUUCCUUUGCAAACUUCUACACUCCAUCCUCAAACUCAACUUCUUCUGCAACAGCCUGCUGCUGGCGUGCAUCAGCAUUGACCGCUACUUGGCAAUUGUCUAUGCCGUUCAGAUCCAUAAAAGGCACAGUGCCAAGUAUGCCCACCUGGUUUGUUCAGCUAUUUGGGUGACAGGUUCCCUGCUACAGAUUCCGAAUUUAAUAUUCUUGCAAGUUGCGGAUAAUGAUUUCAACAACGAAACCAAAUGCAUUUACACAUCAGCUAUGGCCCAGGACUGGCUGCUUUUUGAACAGUUUCUCUACCACGGAAUUGGCUUUGCCUUACCACUCGCAGUGAUGUGCUACUGUUAUGCAAUGGUAAUCAAAACAUUAUACAAGACCCAGACCUUUGGGAGGCACAAAGCCAUUAAAGUUGUGCUCACAGUCACCGUGAUGUUUUGCAUUUGUUGGGCCCCGUACAACGUGGCUAAGUUCAUAAAGACACUGUGCAAUCUGCAUGUGAUCACAGCAGACUGCGAUUUCUACAGAAAGCUCACAUUUACCAUUGAGGUGUCAAAGAGCACUGGAUUCAUCCACAGCUGCCUGAAUCCAGUUCUUUAUGUGUUUAUUGGGGUGAAGUUCAGAGACAGCAUCCUGAAACUCUUCAGAGAUCUGCGCUGCAUCAGUCAGGCAACCUUGGACAACUUCCUUCAUCAGAAAAUCGGCGAAAGGAAUAGGAGCAGUUCUGUCUUUGACAAUACCACAUCCUGGUCCAAUAUUUAAAACAGCCCAGCAACCACAAAAUGCUGAUCAACAUGCCCCAUUCAAACUAGCCCCAUUUGCCCACAUAUCCCCCCAACCCUUCUUCUCCAUGUACCUGGCCAAAUGUCUUUCCAAUGUCGCUGUCCUAUCUGCCCCAACUACUUCCUCUGGCAGCUCAUUCUUUCUGCCUACCAGCCCCUUGGGCUCGAGAAUGACUUGCUUGCUUCCACUCGAAGCAUGUCAGUUCUGGGAUGACCAAUGAGGCCAAUGGGGGAAUUGUAGGAUCUUCUGCAUAUUGGAAAAGGUUGCUGUCAUUAAGUACCAUUAAUUAGCCCAGUAUCUGUUUGUUUAUGAUAGACAAAUGUUUGUGCCUUCAGUUGGAUUCCAACUGUCCACUGGGCUGCCAGACAAGGGGCUAAUUUACCUUGAGUUAUGAAGUAAAUUGGGGUAAUUAAAUAAAGCAUCAUGACCGCUUGUAAAUAUGUCACAGUUUUGGGUGAAAACGAUCCCAUUAAAUGAUUACACUGAACAGUGGAAAUCUUUGAAAAGCACCUAGAAUUUUGCAGAUGCAUGAUGGAAAUACAAAAUAGUUAAUAUGAUCAACAUCACCAAAAAUGGAAGAAACUUCAAGAGAACUUUUGCAAACAGCCUCAAGGCAGGAAACUAGUUCCAGUGUCCACAAUGAUGUUUGUGAAAAUCUCUUGAUGGGUUUGCAGAAUCCUUUUGCGGGCAGAACAUUCACUUGGAGCAGGAAUUGCUAUUUGGCCUCGAAAUCAGUCACCCGAGUCUGUCAUAAACACAUCACACCAUGAAGGAGUGUGUAAUUCUGCCUGUCUGGAAUGUAAUGCUGGCACUGCCAGUGAGGGUGCGGUGAUUGUAAGCUGACGGCAAGAAUUUGCGUAGAUAGAUAGACUAUAAGAAACUGCUUAAAGCUUUGCGAUUUAAUCACAAUAAAAAUACACUUGCAUUGUU